UACACACAGACACACAGACAGGGAGCCUCAGAUGGACUUUGUCUACAGCAGUGGGGUGCUGGUUAUACAGCAUCUCCAGAACAACUAUAGGGAAUACCACGAUUUCCUCAACUUCAUGUCAACUGUGGGAGACCCUCGUAAUAUUUUCUCAGUGUAUUUCCCCCUCUGGUUCCAUCUCAGUCAUGAUGUGGGCACCAAGAUGAUAUGGGUGGCUGUUGUCGGGGACUGGUUAAAUCUUGUUUUCAAAUGGAUUAUGUUUGGGCAGCGACCGUACUGGUGGGUGCGAGAAACUCACAUCUACCACAACGAUUCUUUCCCACAUUUGGAGCAAUUUCACAUCACGUGUGAAACAGGGCCAGGAAGUCCAUCUGGUCAUGCCAUGGGUUCAGCAUGUGUUUGGUAUGUGAUGAUCACCUCUGCUCUCAACUUCAUCAGGCCCUCCUCCACUGUCGCUUCAGUACAGAGUUUCCAAAGGUGGGUAGUUAUUUUGUUUCGUCUUCUGAGGUCAUGUCUGUGGAUGGCUUUUUGGGUCAUUCAGAUAAGCGUUUGCAUCUCCAGGGUUUUUGUCGCAACACAUUUCCCACAUCAGGUUAUCCUCGGCGUUGUUGCUGGUAUGUUGGUUGCCAAGGCGUUUGAUCACAUCCCCUCAGUCUACAAUGCAAGCAUGAAAGUGUACCUCCGGACCAAUUUUUGUCUUUUCACUUCAGCUAUUUGCUUUUAUCUGCUCCUCAAAUUGACGGACAUUGAUCCCUUGUGGUCAGUUGAUAAAGCCAAGAAGUGGUGUGCUAACCAAGAUUGGAUCCAUCUUGACACCACACCGUUUGCUGGUCUGGUGAGAAACCUGGGAGCCCUGUUUGGUCUGGGCCUGGCGGUGAACUCUCAGAUGUUUUUUCAGAGCUGUAAGGGGAAGAACGGCUACAAAAUCAGAUUCAAACUCAUGUGUGUGACAGCAACUCUCACAACUCUGAAGCUGUAUGACUUUAUCAAAAUACCCACUCACACUGAGGUUCUGUUUUACAUUUUGUCAUUUUGUAAGAGCGCUUCAGUUCCUCUCGGUGUGGUUGCUGUCAUUCCCUACUGUGUUCAUUUGCUGAUUGGAGAUGAGGACAGGAAGUUGGCUUAGAUUAUUGAGGAACUGGGAAGUUUUGUGACAUUGUUCUCAUCACUUUUGAUUUAGCAUGAAAACAUGUCAAAUGGGCGGAUACGCCACCUGUCAGACUGUUUUUCACAGUUAUUGCACAUAAGCACUCAAAAUGCAAUAUAUG